AUGGCGGCGACAGUCUUUACACGCGCUGAGGUGGCGAAGCACAACGCCAAGGAGAGCGGCUGGCUGAUCAUCCACAAUGAGGUGUACGACGUGUCGGAGUUCUACGACGACCACCCCGGCGGCCGCGACGUGCUGCUGCACCACAUCGGCGGUGACGCCACCGAGUCGUUCGACGCCGUGAACCACAGCAGGGGCGCGCGCAUGCUGCUGCAGCGCAAGAAGAUCGGCGUGCUCGACACCCCACAGGAAACGGCGCCCUGCAUGCGGCUCAGCGAAGUGGUGGAGACGCAGCAGAAGGCGAAAGAGAAGUCCGCCAAUGCGUGCUGGGUGGUGAUCAAGAACAAGGUGUACGACCUCACGGAGUUUCUCGAUCUCCACCCUGGCGGCCGCGACGUGCUGCUCUGGCAGUCCGGCACAGACGCCUCCAAGGCAUAUGAGGAAAUCGGCCACAGCAGCGGAGCGAAGCUUAUGAUGAAGAAGUACUUCGUCGCCGACCUGAACCCUGACGACAGGCGCGCUGCCGCUGCGGCGAAACCAGUGGCGGAGGGUGGUGCUUCCAACAGCAAGAGCAGCACCUUCAAUAAGAAGUCUAAUGACUCCUUGCACGCUUUCAUCAUGGCGCAGGUGCAGUUCGGAUUGAUGAUACUGGUGGGGGUGGCCGCGGUGGUGUACGUGUUUAUGCGCCUCUGA